CGUAGAAGCAAUUCUCGCGAGAUGUAGAGUGGCCGUAGCCUGUGGAGAGGGGCGGAGGCCCAGAGGGGCACCACGUGGGGCUGCCGGAGCUGAAUCUCGGGCGGCCGUCCAGUUUGGGUCUAGGUUGGAGUUGGAACCGUGGAGAUGCGGAAGGAAACCCCGCCCCCCCUAGUGCCCCCGGCGGUCCGCGAGUGGAACCUUCCCCCUAAUGCGCCCGCCUGUAUGGAACGUCAGUUGGAGGCUGCGCGGUAUCGGUCCGAUGGGGCUCUCCUGCUCGGGGCCUCCAGCCUGAGUGGCCGCUGCUGGGCUGGCUCCCUCUGGCUGUUCAAGGACCCUUGUGCAGCCCCCAACGAAGGCUUCUGCUCCGCUGGAGUCCAGACGGAGGCCGGAGUGGCUGACCUCACCUGGGUUGGGGACAGAGGUAUCCUAGUGGCUUCCGAUUCAGGUGCUGUUGAAUUGUGGGAGCUGGAUGAGAACGAGACACUCAUUGUCAGCAAGUUCUGCAAGUAUGAGCAUGAUGACAUUGUGUCUACAGUCAGUGUCCUGAGCUCUGGCACACAAGCUGUUAGCGGUAGCAAAGACUUCUGGCUAAAGACAAAAGGAACUAUGGACAAAUACGGUACUCUAGCAAAUUUGCUGUUUAUAGUUAUAUAG